AUGCCGGAACAAAUCACCGUCUCGGAGUUUCUUAGCGAAACAUGGGACGAUUACAAAUCCCCAACGACGUCUGCGUUCACGAAGAGGAUGUCACACUGUCGAAAUACAGUGUCAACUCUCGAAGAGAAACUGGACAUGGACCGAAGUGGGCUGAACAAAAUGAAGAAAUCUAUCAAAGCUCUGUACAACUCUGUCAAACGUCAUGUUGACAAUGAGGGAACCUUCGCAGAAAAUCUGGAUAAUCUUGGUCGGGGACGAGUUGACCAGGAAGUUGAAAUAAAUGAGGCUUUUUUUAAAUUCUCCACUGUGACAAAAGAAUUGGCUGGCAGUAUGAAUGAACUGGUAACAAAAUUAAAUAGCAUGUUACUGUAUCCUCUGGAUGCCUUCCUCAAGGGGGACCUGAAGGGGGUCAAAGGUGACAUGAAAAAGCCCUUUGAUAAGGCUUGGAAAGAUUAUGAAACCAAAUUUGCCAAAAUUGAGAAGGAGAAGAAACAACAAGCCAAGGAAGCUCACAUGCAUCGAGUGGAAGUGUGUGGGUCGGAGAUUGCUGAGGAAAUGGAGAAGGAGAGAAAGGUUUUCCAGCUACAGUUGUGUGAGUACUUUCUGAAAGUGAACGAGAUCAAGACGAAGAAGGGUGUGGACCUACUGCUCCAUCUAGUGGACUAUUAUCGAGCUCUUACAACAUUUUAUCAAGAAGGCCUCAAAACCAUAAACCAUUUCCAGUCGUUUAUAGAAAACCUCGUUAUCCAGCUCAACCAGAUAAAACAACAACAGAAUAAGGAACGUCAACAGCUUAUCGACCUCCGCGACUCUCUCAAGGAAACAAUGACGUCAUAUAAAGAGCCAACAUCCAGUAAACCUCACACCGGCUAUAGCUUACACCAGCUUCAAGGGAACAAAGCCCAUGGCUGUGUGCGGGAUGGCUACCUACUCAAGAAAAGUGAGGGACGCAUCAAAAAAGUCUGGCAGAAAAGGAAAUGUAUUAUUACAGAUGGACUCAUGUUUAUCAGCCACUCAGAUGAAAGCAAAGACCCAGUGAAAUUAAAUCUUCUUACCUGUCAAGUCAAGUUAGUCCCAGAUGAUACAGGAAAGAGGUGUUUUGAUCUAGUCUCCAGCUCCAACAACAGAACCUACCACUUUCAGGCUGAUGAUGACAAAAAUAUGGAAGAGUGGAUCUCGGUGUUAAACAAUGCAAAGGAGCAAGUUCUAAUGAAGGCGUUCCAAAACAACAGCAACGCUCCCGCACUUAACCAGAGUGUGCGGGAAUUAACAGCCAGUAUCAUUGACAGAGUACGACGUUUACCAGGCAACAACGUGUGCUGUGACUGUAACGCACCAGAACCUGAAUGGUUAUCAACAAAUCUUGGGGUCCUGAUUUGUCUGGAAUGUUGUGGUAUACAUAGACAAUUAGGUGUACAUAUAUCUAGGACUCAAAGUCUAGUUAUAGACGAGCUUGGUACCUCACAGUUAUUGAUAGCCAGAGUGGUUGGAAACGGGUAUUUUAACGACAUAUUGGAGGCCAAGUUAGACCCUUCAACUAAACCAACAGUAUCUAGUCCAAUGGAGGAGAGACUUAAUUUCAUCAAAUCGAAAUACGGGGAACACAAAUACGCAAUAAUCACAUGUACCUACAAGGAUGACCUGAAACAGGACCUGAAACAGGCAAUACUGACGCAUGACAUCAAUGCCCUUCUCCAGGUGUAUGCUGAAGGGUUAGACCUGAUGGCUGAUCUGCCAGACUGUGAUAAUGGUGAGACAGCUUUACAUCUGGCCAUUGAAGAAGAGGAAGGAUAUCCGCCUCAUAUUGUAGAUUUUAUCAUCCAAAACUCGUCCCAAGAUAGUCUGGCCCUGAAGACACUGGAUGGUAACACAGCUCUACACAUAUGUGCCCUAGGCAACAAAUCAGAAUGCAUGAAAUUACUGCUGAGAACAAAGCCAGAACUUGCUAAUGUCGAAAAUUCUGAUGGAAAGACUGCUUUAGACAUUGCCCGGGAGAAUGACUUUCAACUUUGUGCUGAUCUGUUGAAAGCUGCAAUACAAGGAAGAAAGGAUGUUUUUGAACAUGUCAAUAUAGACUGGGACCUGAUGUCGGAGGAACCGUAUUACCCAGAGCACUUCGACAGCGAUGAUGAAUUAGAGAAUACUCCAGAGAGAAAACAGAGGUCAAGGCCACCAAGUAUAAUAACGGGGAUGGCUGAUCCCCAGGGUAGUCAGAAUGACCUUGCAGGCAACAGAGGUCCAGGUGGAGGUCCUGGGUCUCUUCCGUACACUUACAGUAAACCAAAGAAGUUUGUAAAUCAACCAGGCGGUAAACUCCGUAACAGUGUGCGUGGUUACUCGCAUAGUUUUCACAACAAUACUGGAACUACAAAUGGAGGGGGAGUCCAGACCGCACCUCCUGUGAGCGAGACACAUGAUGCUCCUCCAUAUGUCCCUCCCCUACCCCCAAGGAACAAGAAACAACAGACUCCCCUCGUAGGUAUAGGACAAGGCCAUAAUAGAAAUGCCUCUGAGCCAUUCCCUCCUAGACCAACACAUAAGAGGACUCCGUCUGAUCCUCCUCCGAGACCUGCCCCUCCAGAAUUCCGUGCUAUUGGGAUAGGAUCAGCAAGACCUACAAGUUAUCGACCACGAACGCAGUCCACAAAUGAAGAAGACAAGGGACCUAUCACUCCUCCAGUGUUGCCGUCCCGACAACCGAUACCAGACAAGGAGGUACCACCCGUGCCAGUCCCGCGCCAGAAGAAAAAAGUUCCUAUUGGCUUAAAAUGUCGAGCUCUGUUUGACUGUGAGGCAGACAACGAAGAUGAAUUGACUUUUACUGAAGGGGAGAUAAUUAUAGUUUUACGAGAAGAGGAGGAAGAUUGGUGGGAAGGUGAAAUAGAGGGUAAUGCAGACAGACGCGGCCUCUUCCCGAAGACGUUUGUAGAACAACUCCCAGACCAAGGAUAACAAAAGCUGAAAAAUCUGAUGUACUGAAUACCUGUUUGGAUGGUCAUUCUUAAUUCAAAGCUGUCGCAUGUGCAGCUUAGAUAUCCACAUGAAUUACAGUCAGUUUUUAUGUAUAAUAUAUUUAUCUUUACAGUCAUCUAGUUGCUUUUUACUGUGGUAUGUACAAUGGCGACCAUCUAGUCACUUUAUGACUCAGCUAGGGGUAUGUCACAGUGGUGAACUGUCUGGUCACUUGUUACUGACUUGACUAGGGGUAUGUCACAUUGUGAACUGUCUAGUCACUGGUUACUGACUUGACUAGGGGUAUGUCACAGUGGUGAACCAUCUAGUCACUUGUUACUGACUAGACUAGAAGUAUGUCACAGUGGUGAACUGUCUAGUCACUGGUUACUGACUAGACUAGAAGUAUGUCACAUUGGUGAACUGUCUGGUCACUUGUUACUGACUUGACUAGGGACAUGUCACAGUGGUGAACUGUCUGGUCACUUGUCACUGACUUCACUAGGGGUAUGUCACAGUGGUGAAUUGUCUGGUCACUGGUUACUGACUUGACUAGGGGUAUGUCACAGUGGUGUUGUCUAUUAUGACCUAAAUGAAUUUUAUCUACACAACAAAAAAUCCUCUGUUAUUCUGAGAUUUUUUUGUAAAAUUUCAAGUCUGUCCCUUAGAAACCUGAUUUUGUUUACCUCUUUAUGAAACAUAUGUGUGCAAUUUAUGUCCUAACAUUAAUGUCAUAUAGCCAAAUUCUUUACACAAUUUUUGUGACAAUAUUUGUAAGAUUUUAUUAAAUGUUGUUGAUUUCUUUGUUAACCUAACCAAGCAAACUUACAACAUGAAUUUGCAAUAUGUAAAA